GUUGGCUCAGUCAGUCAAUACACAGUGCAAAACUACAUUGUUUCAAUAUAAAUUUAAUUUCAGUUUGGACUUUUCAUAUUUUGUUUCAGUGUGUUCCAUUUGUGCCAAGUGUGCUUUAUGUGAACAGUCUUGCAUUCACUUGGUCAGGGUGAAUAUUUUCAACUUUGGAAUUCCAAUAGAAACCAGUGUAUAUUUAUACAAAAGGAAUUGCCAUUUGAAAUAUUGGCAUGAUUUCUGUGCAGGAAAUUGGCUUAUAUGCUUGAGUGGUUGAUGACAAGUAUUUUUCUCUCUCUCCUCUCAAAAUAAUAUUUUAUUCUGCCCGGUUUUACCACGUAGUGGUGAUGCACUGAAACGAGAAAUUCAUGUUUUUCAAAUCUUGAAAUGACCAGUCCCUAAAGUAUGAAGCAAUACAAGGUUAUGGUUAAUAAAUACAGGAAGAAGAUUGGAACUGUCACUGAAAACGCUUAGAUAUUUCAUUCCAGCUGCUUGCGAGAAAUAUCCACCACCGCAAUAAUAUAUAUUGAAUCGGAAUUCUUUGCGAUCUUUCAGUAAGACACAUUUUCAAACGAAUUGCUUUCAAAGUACGUUCUUCAGCGUGAUUUAGCGCGUUUUACAGUGGAAAUCGUGGGUUUGUUUACAUCCGUGGACGUGACCAAGGUAUCGUUCGAUUUCGCUGAGUGAUGAUGACGUCAUCAUUAUUCUGCAAAGCUCACGCUGAUUGGUCAGGGGAAGGGAAUUGGGGCACACUACCGUCACCUCUCUGCAGCAGCUAUAUUUGGUUGUUGACGUAAAUAUAAUAAAGAAUACUCCGGAUUCAGCAACUUUCCCUACCUCUUCCGCACGUGCUUUUUGUACACUAGGCGUGUGGAAAAGACUUGUUUUCUUCGGCUAAAGCAGCUGUAAAUAUUCGGAGGAAACAGCCCUUCGAUCGAGCAAAACAUCUCGCCAUUUUUAGAGUGUUUUGGUUCUGUAACCGUGACAAUUGCCUGUAGUAGGAGGAGUCCAAUGGCCAAGCUCCCAUUGGACGUGGAGAGUUCAUUUGAAGAUAGUUUUGGUGUGUUUUCUCCAUUCGAAGAUGACGAUUUCGAAGGUAGAAGGACUGCCUUCGUGGGAGAGUCGAGUGGAGGUGGAGGAGGAGGAAAUGGCUGGGACAGCUACCAAGCACUACCUAGUUCUCCGUUCGGCGGAGUCGGGGGAGACUUCGAUAUGGAGCUGGAGUUUUUUAAAAGUGAUGUGAUCGAGGACUGUAAAGUGGCUGGGCCUACUUUGGCCGAACUAAAUGAUCAUCGCUCUCUGUCGCCUCUGAUAAAUCCUGAAAUGGAGCGCCUUCAUCGAAUAGCCACUCGAGCGGAGGGCGACUGUUCCCCUUCGUGGGAUUGCUCAUCAACUCGGAAGCCGCAGCCCUACAUCUCUUUAGAGCUCACAUCGGAUAAGACUGAAAGACGGGUUGUUCAAUUAAAACAAGAGCCUGUUUCAUCAAAUAGCGAAUAUAACGAGAGAUCCGAGCAACCUGCCUCUGUUUUAAAAGAAACGGAGAAGAAACUUCCCAGCAAACCUACAUGGACUAUGACCCGAAACACUUCUUCUUUGCAUUGCAAAAAAGAGUCCGAGAAAACAGUUGCCACGGACGAUGAGAAAACUUCGAGAAUGGUCGUUUUACCAGAAAGAAAUUUAGGCAAUGAUCGCAUUAACCAAAUGCCAAAGUUAGUUUCAGCGGAAAUGAAAACUCGAUUAUAUACGGCAGGUCCGGCACAGCGCGAGGAUGGGAAUGCGAAGGUUGAAGCAGAGCGGGAACCGAUCGAAGCCGAUCCGAGUAGCCCAGCUGCGGACGAUGAAUCCGCGGACGAAGACAUGGACAGUGACGAUGAGUUUGAUGUGGAGAGCCAUUUGCACAGUGCUGGUUUAGCUAGAAAUCGAAAGGGGAGAAGAGGUGAACAAGAUGACCUUUCGCCGAAUCCAAGGAAGUUGCUAGAAAUCAGUCGAGAGCUUGAUCGUCUAAACAAAGUUAUCGGAGACUUAAAACCGAUUCAUCAGCUGCCACAGAACGCCCGGAACAAGUCAAGAAAGGAGAAAAACAAGCUAGCCUCAAGGGCUUGUAGAUUAAAGAAGAAAGCACAGCACGAAGCUAACAAGGUCAAGUUGCAGGGACUAGAAUUGGAGCAGCAGCGCCUGACAGAAGUCAUUGAUAAAGUGAAGAAAGAAAUCAUACUUAAAGGAAGCUCUCAAUCUGUCGUUCCAAAGGCAAACUUGAGUGGCCAAGUGGAAGCUCUUGUCAAAGCUACAUUUGGGAAUCAACUUGUUGCUGGCCACACUUCAGAUUUUGUUCACUCUGUUCUGGAGGCUACUGCAAGAGCAAAUCCAUCACUUGGGAAACUGGACGAGCUUAGUUUGUGCUUCUGAGCAUCCCAAAAGAGUGGUUUGUGGAAGAGUUUGUUGGCCGGUACCAAUCAGAAUGUUAAUCUUUUUGAUUGUGUCAUAUAUGUACUUGUAGUUUUUCAUUCAUGUCUACUGUAGUUAAAUGGUGAUUUUCAUGCCUUUGAGAUGCAAUGAAGACCUGUGCUUAUAUGUACACGUAAUAAGCAUCCAUCAAGUUUCACCUGACGGACCUCUAGAGCCAGUUACUAUAACAAGAAAAAUGUUGAUACUUUUGACUAAUUAUCUAUUAGCAUGCUUGCAUACAGCUACAUGCCAUUAUUAUUAUUAACAAUAUUGCUGAGUCUACUGGCACAGACAUGCCAGUUCUAAAAACUUGCAUUUACCGUUCUAUUAUCUUAAAACGUUGUCCAAAGACAUUGUACAUGCUCAGGUAAUUUUUGUUGUUUCAUAUAAUUAUAAUAGGGGUUCUUGGGUUUUGUUUCAAUUGUUUUUUAACCUUGUUACGCCAUUCAAAUUAUGAUAAGGCAUUUAUUUUUCAAUUAUAUACCUUUUUGUAUCUCAAAGUUACUGGGGUGUAACUGCGUUUAUGCAGCAUGCAAGCAGUUCUUGACUAAUGGGUUUGCUAAGGUGUGUAUAAAUAGCUUGACAAACAAUGUAAAGUGAAAAAAGUCUUGCUUGAUUGAAUUUUGAGGACUUACUAAGAUCUCCAAAAAAGAUCGAUUUGAACAAAGGAAAUAAUGAUAAUGGUUUUGGUAAAGUGUUCAAAGUUUAUUGGUUUGUUUGUUCAGUUGUUCAGGCAAAAAAUGCAGUGACAUUUUAAAAGAUUUAUUAGUUAUUACUUAUUGUUAUAAUGGUGUAGUAUAAAUUCCGCAUAAAUUGACAUUUUCUUUUAGCACAUGGUUGGUUUGUGAUGGGUUUAAUGUUUGGUGUGAACCAUGAUUGUUAGAAAAUUAGUUCAUUGUGAUUGGCUAAGAGCAGGAAAAUUAUCAUUUAUUGUAGCCUGCACCUGCAAGGCAGAUUAAUGGAGGCACAUUAAUAAUUUUCUAUAAGCUUUAAUGAGCAGUUAAAGGUAUUUUAAGGACUUACAUUACUUGUGGUGCUUGACAAUUCUUUGAAAUAGCAUUCACCUAAAAUUUUGAGCAAUUUUGAUAGAAUUUUCAAGUACCACAUGAGUUUCCAAUAUCAUAAUAGUAGUGUUCCUGCACUCCCAUUCAUACAAUUACCUACGUAUGCUUAGAGUGGUUUUCAGUUGAGUGUUGAAAGUAAUUAUACA